GGCGCGUUAAUCUCUCUUUGCGUUCUGGAAGAUGUUUGAUGUAACGGUUAAGACUCUUGAUGGUAGAGACUCGUUAUUUCAUAUAGAAAAUGAGAACAUGACUGUGGAAAGUUUCAAGAGCAACAUUGAGGAAAAAUUGAAUAUUGCAGCAGACCAGCAACGCUUGAUUUUUCAAGGAAGGGUUUUGAACAAUGAACAAACCUUAGCGGAAUGUGGUGUACAGGGGAAAGUAGUACAUUUAGUUGCCAGGCCUCCUCCGAGUACUAGAGAACAACAACCUUCUGAUGCUCCAGCAAUUGAUUCAACUGUCAACAUGAGUGGUUCGAGUUUGGGUGGAUUCACUUUUGGAGGUAUAAGCAUGCAACAGGCGAUACAAGACAUCACUUCUGGUAUACUGAAUGGUGUAAGCGAACUGAGUAGAUCUGCCAACAUACCUCUCUCUAGUGAUGCAGACCUCGUGGGUGAUGCUCCGGACGAACAUUCUGUGAUAUCUAUGCGGGAAAAUACUUUCAACAAAUUACAUCGUCAAGCCACUCGUCUGACACAAAAAAUAGCUCAGAUAUCUUCAUCUAAGGGUUCAUGUAAUUCUCAUAACCGCAAUGGAGGACCAGUGGAUUCAGAUUCAACUCCUUCCACGUCUAACUGCACCGAUCUGCCUGCUAUCCAGAAAAAUACAGACUCUUGUAAUGAAACAAAAGACCCAUGCAAACAGAAAGGAUCAUCACCUAUGAUGGUGGACACUGAGGAAAAUGAUAAACUUUUAUCAGAAGAGAACGAAAAUCGUGAUAACGACGCCAAUAAACCAAAGACUGAGCAAGGAAAUAUCGCAACAACUGAAGGUGAUUCCUCAAAUCCUACAUCUCAACAUUCUUUGGCUCUAUUAGCAGACAUGCUAAGUAGAUAUCGCCAACUAUGGCAUUCAAUAGAACCUUACUUAGAUCAGUGGGGAAAAAUGUUGAUUGAUGAAGGCAAAACUGAAGUGAGUGGAUUUGAAGACUAUUCUGCUGCUGAAGAUCACUGCAUUCUCAAAAAUGAUGCGGACAAGUCAACACCGGAAAAUAUUCAAGCUGGGUGUAGUUCAGACCAGGCAGUGUCGAAAUGGCAUCCACGGCUAUUUUCUCAAAUAAGCCGUCUUUUGCACUUGAAUGCGCAUAUGCUUCACUUGAUAUCAGAUUUCUAUGUAAUAACUGUAACGGAACCUCAUGCACAACAAAUCGUCAGUAACACUUCAGCUUCUCAGCCAGUUAGCUCUGAACUUAAAUCAUCAACCGAUGAAUCUCAGAAAUGUGAUGGUGACGAGAUUAAUCUAACGGACUCCACAACUCAUAUCACACAGACAGAAACAAGGCCUACUGCACGAUAUUCCCGUGUUUUGACUGUUCCUGAGACUGAUACGCGCAGAAUACGUGCGCAAAUCAGCGUAGAACCACCUGAUCUUACUAUUUUGGCAACCGCUGCGGAUGAACAAAGAACGCGUGCAGUUAGGACUGAACAUCCUACAAACAACUCUCUCUCCUCUACACGCAUUCGAAGUCGAUCAGCGUCGAACGUAAAUCGUAUUAAUAAUCGUCAGGCUGAAGGUGCUCCUGCUGUCACAAGUUCUUUAGGCACACCUAAUUCUGCAGUGACAACUACUUCUCUGGGUAAUGGACGUACUGCUAUUAUUCAUCGAUUUGACAUUCCAAUAAUAUCUGUGAAUACAUUCAGUCUCCCAGCUGCCCCAUUUUUAACAUCACUUUCUUCUGGAAUUUCAACACACCCAUCUCCUGGUUCAACGUCAGUAUCUUCUACAGCGCGAACUGGAACUAAUACCACUAAUUCACUACCGUCUACUCAUACUAACGUUAAUACGGUUCCUCGCCCGUCGCUGCCUCCACUUUCGAUGAUUGAUUCAAUCGACCCAUUCCUAGCGUGCAACUCCAGACACUUUUCUCAUGAAGUUUCCACGAUGCGUGACUUACUUGGGCCGCCACCACCUCUUACACCAAUAUGUAACAUCACUGCUCCACGUAGUGUUAACACUGAACGACAUAAUCAUAUACGAACACCUUUUAAUCCUACUGGCCGUAACAAUCAUCCACAACCUACUUUAUCCCCUCAAGUCCCGUUAUCCUCCGAUGCAUCUAUGCCAACGAACAUACCAAGUAAUAAUCCAUCUAUAACAACUUCUGCAGCUACAGAAAACAGAACACCACCUGGAUUGUUCUCCCUCAGUUCAGGAAUUAAUUUGUCACAACAACUACUAUCUCUUGUUUCUGCUGCUACCAAUGCUGCUGUCUCAGCUGUAAAUAAUGAUACUCUCAAUUCUGGUUCGUCACCUUUCAGUUUAUUUGUUUCGUCAUCACCUAUACAAUUUAGUGUAAAUCCGUCAAAUCCGGUAAUGGCCACCACAACAACCACAUCUGCAACGUUAAAUACUACUUCUGGAAUUGCUAACCAGGAGAUCAAUUCACCUGCUCGAACAACUAUGACAAAUACAUCAACAACACCAGCUUCUUCAAGUACUGUUUCUCAAGUUAAACCGCUUUGGACAGCUAAUGAAAUCACUGAGUUACAACUUGAAGGGAUAUUUCAAAUUUUCAGUAUCCUCAUAGAUGGCCUCAUAAAAACAGUUUGGUCAAGAGUUUCUCAAUUAUCAUCUAAUUCCACUUCUGCGUGCAAAUAUAUCAAAGAUCAAAAUGUUUCCGUUAGCAGCCCAUCACGUACUCAAAAUGUAUCCAUUGGGUUGAUAAGUCAUAUUAUUACUGCUGUUCGUGACGAAAUAAAUGCUCAAUCUGAUAAUGAUAAUUGCGAUCAUUUCACUUCAUCAUCUCUAGAUGGUUUACGUGAACAUUUACAGCACUUACUGCUCUGUGCCAAUUCAGUCAUGGGGAGCAAUCAGUCGGAACUAGUCAAUGCUUUGGUCACCACUAUUUUCAGAGGUAGAUUAUCAGAUGUCUCUCACAGUGAAUAUUCUAUGUGGAUGCGAAACUUCGAUGACAACCCAUCUAAACUAGUGAUUGAUGUUACAGCAUCAUUUGCGAAAUUAUGUAGGUAUAUUAUUUCCUCUCAAUUGGAUUUGUGGAGAGCCAGUCCAACAAAUACUGGAUUCGGUAACACCCUCCUUAUGACCCUCAAAAUUGCUUGCACAGACCUUCUGUGUCUAGCUGACAUCUUGACAAGCCAUCUUACAUCUUCUUUGGGAGCUGAGCAAUUUAAUACAUCCAGAUGUUCAGAAGAAACUCGAACCCAGGUAUUUGGUAUCAAAGUGGGUUUUGAAACAUUGUUAGAUUAUUGCAAUUCAUUUUUGCAAGAACUCGAAGGUAAGAAAAACUUGACCUAUACCUUUUGUUUGAUGAGUUUCCUGUUUGCAUUGUAAACUGACAACUAGACGAUAGGUAGUUGUCGUUGCUUAAGGCUUAGAAAAUACUUCUCGUUCAAAAGAUCAUCAAAAGUUAAGUUCGAGGAGACAACAGUCCGAAACCUCAGUUAGUUUAGCUUAAAUGUACUCGAACAUGUUCUUCUUCCUGAAGUUUAUAAUGAAGUUUUAACUUGAAAAUAUAAUAGGCAGUGUCUUUGUGUUUGAAUCGUGGAUGGAACUUAUACAAAUGUGGGGGCUGCUGAAAUCUGUUCAAAAUCCUCAAUAUCUUCGUCCUUACUUAUACUAACCUUCCUGCUUUGUCUGCAUCACCACUUCAUCCUUUAAUGAUACUCUAUCGAACAAGAAAUAUAGGAGUAAAAGUUGGGCCCUAUGGUAGAUUGUAAUUCCAUUUUUGUAUAUUUAUUAGAAAUGCCACACAGUGAAUGGUACUGUUUCACUGUGUGACAUUUCUAAUAAACAGAUUAAAGUGGAAUCGAACAAGAAAGUUUUCUUUUGAAUGUGAUGUUUCAUCGACAUCGGUUUCUUUAAGCAUCAUUACGUGUUGUUCCAAUUGCUCGUUUUUUACGUCUUAAUAAUUUAGGAAGUGACUUUAUAUAUUCAUAACCGAUAGUCUCAAGUAACAUGAAUUAUUUGCAACCGUCUGUAUAGAUCUCAGUUGCUGCAAAUUCAAACUUUUCUUAGUGGUAAGGAUUGUACAGUAAGUCUUGGACGCAGUUUAAGUGAUUAAUAUAAUAAGCCAACGUGGGUGCGCAAUUGACUUACUUUCUUCGAUAUGUAAAUAUUAUAGUUGUAAGGCAAUCAGCUUGUCGAAAAUCCAGUUUUCAUUGCACUUAAGUGAUUUGAUCCAUCUCCUGUGUUACUCGUGCUCCACCUUCAGUUUAGGCAACUAGCCCUUGCAUGAUAAGCGUGGCUCAUAGUAAAGUACAUAAUGUUCUCUGCGGAGUCGAGUUGUAUUGUUGUGAAUAUUAUGCUGUUAUAUCACAAUGCAUGGUUUCGUAUAUGUUUUGUAGAUGAUGAAGGUUUUGACUUUGGUCAGAACUUUGUAACGGGACUUGAGAAUUGCAUUAGAGCGUACUGCGAUAUGGAUGAAGCCACGAUGCGCGCUAAGGUGGCACAUCAAAAGUCUGCAUAUAUGGAAUUCCGAAAACUACAGAUGCCUUCACCUAUGCUGGUCGAUCCGGUUAGUGGUUUCUACUUCCUGUUUUAAAUCUGAUUGUGAAAUUUCCUAUUAUCAGCAUGUUAACACUAUUAAUAAAACUUUUUUUCAGUGUAUCCAACGAAAAAUAAAAAUGGAUUUUCCAGGUCAUGUAAAUUUUAGUUGGACGGAUGGACACAGCACCACAGGAACAAAAUGAAUUGCUUUCCUUGUACUGUUGAUGUGAAAAAUAGUAUUUUUUGCUAGUAAAUUAUGGAUCUCUUAGAGGAGAAACAGUUUUCAACUAUAAGUCGAUUUUUACCUUAUCAUCCUCUUUCAUUAGCUUCACCUCCAAAUAUGUAGAACAUAAAUUACGAUUCACUUGGAAGGUUUGUAGUAAAGUCAUUGAUUUUCACAGAUUUUUCACGAAUGGUUGGUGCCGAUCUGGUUUCAAUCCCAAAUAUGAUCAUGAGUUCGCGCUACUGAGGACCCCUAAGGUAGGAUGAAACAACUAUCCACUGCUCCCAGGUUUUCGAUUUUCUGACCAAUGUCGAUCUGAGAUACGACUAGUGUUCCUCUCAAAAUGAUAGGAUGUACUUCGUUUUUUCAUUGGAAACAGUUUUCCAUAUACAUUAUUGUCAGCCCGCUUAGUAACAAAACGCUUUUAAAUUUCCUAAUCAUUUAUCAGCUUUCAUAGACAGUUGCUGUAGGUGACAUUAAUUUCCGAUACGUUCUAUUAGCUAAUCUGUAGACAAACAGGUAAGUAUAUAGUCAAGAAACAAGUUGCCAUUGUGACACGAACUUUUGUUGUUUUUUUUUCCAGUCAAACGGGGAAAUCCAGAGGGAUGCCUUUGAUGACGAAGACUUGCCAUUUUUAGAUGCAUAUUCCGAUUUGCCUUCCGAUGAAAUGAACCUUUCUACUUCUCUCAUGCAGCAACCUUCAAAGCAAAUCAGUGAAAUGCCAUCUGGUCGAGUACAAGCCAAGAUAUCUGCUUUGCCCGAUUGGACACCAAAGCCAGGGGAAUUACCGAGUUCUAGAAUGAGUGCACUUGAUCCUAAUCCAAAUUCUAUCCGGCCCACGGAUGAUUCAGGGGCUAUGAAUGAAGUAGAAGGUUGGCAUGCAGUAUUACCUCCGGCAUGGAUUCAUGUUGUGACUAGUGAUAUGUCGACUAUGUCUCGUAACCCAGGAGAUUCAGAUGAUCCUAAUCACUUCGGACGGUUUAGUGAUGGAUACAUAGCAGGCAUGCCCGCUAAAAGGCGGAAGGUAAUAAUGUUUUUAUGUUCAUUGCUACAUAUGGAUAAUAGCGCUUAUGUACUUUACACAGGAUGCAUCAAAUUCAUUAAAAAUAAUUGAUUCCCACUCGCAUAAUUCAUUGGAAUUUCAAUCUAUUAUCAUCUCUGUCUCAUCUGUGUUUUCAAAUGUCAAGUAGGUUAUGUUAUACUUUGAAGAUCGUCAGUCAAUUCACGUCACUUAAAUUACGACUCAGUCUCAACAUCUCCCAUACUGAUAAAUCCACAUCUCAUCGUUUUUUAAUACCAUAAAAAUAGAUAUCUUUGUGUGAGCACGGGCACGAAAAGUUUUGCUUGUUUCCCUGAAUUUGGACACUGUGUUGAAGCAAGAACUAGUAGGAAAAUAUACAAGUACUUAAAUCUAUGUAAAUGCCAGAGGAUAAAUUGACACCUCAUUCAGUCAAACCGCCAAAUGUUCAUUGGCGAGGUUAGGUUACUGAAAGAAAUUGGAUUUCAAAACUUACUCGGUCCUUUAGAUUUGAAUUCCGGCAUUACUUCUUCAAUAGGAUGGGAGUUGCUCAGCUAUGAAAGUAUAAUUUACUAUCUUGUAUAAUGUAGAAGUUUAAAUCAGUCCUAAUGACUUGAUCUUACCUAUGUAUAGGGAUUUACUACGGUUGACAUGAACAGGAUCGUCUUUUUAUGGUAGGCUUAAAAGCUAGUAACGUUUACUGUGACUAAUUAAUGUCGAUUGAAGAAAUAGUUUGCUAAGAAUUCAAUUGUCUAGUAAGAUAUUUCUAGCAUUACUAUUGAAACGCCUAGCCUUAUAAAAAACUUAGAUGCACUUUUGUUUCCUCUUUUCUUUGCUCCACGACCAGGUUAUGCAAGAUCACUCAAGAUCUUUACCUCAGUCACCUGAUCAAUUAUUCACGGAAUGUUUAUCCGACGCCAUUGUCAACGAUGAUGUUAACAAAGAACAAUCUACAGAAGAUACAAACUUAACGAAAUUGAAACAAUUACCAGCGGCGGAUAGAGAACUCAUUAACUCUCUUCGGGAUAUAGUAUCUGAUCGCAUAGCUGUGCGUUUGAUGAAUGAUCCAGAUUUCGAUGCAGCACAGUUUCCAUUGGCCACUCAAAAGUUUAUGAAGAAGGAUCCAAAAGCUUAAUCUUAAUAUAACUUGCUUGUGUAUGGAUGACUUUUGAAAAGGUCAGGUUAUAUGUUGCAUCUCAAUUAUUCGUUUGACUGAUUACUUAUAAAAUUUCAUGUAGUGUUUGCUUACUUUCUCUGAAAAGCCUGCAUCUGUUCUAUGCUGAAUGUUCAACAACUAUUUCACUUUGUAUCACUAAUUCCACACCUCAUUCCUUUUAAAAUAUCGAAAAUAUGAAUAGUGAGUUGAUUUCUAUCGUUUAUGAGGUUAUGGCUGAAUGUAUACAUAAAUCAGUUAUUUUCUUUAGUAGUUCUGUAUAUGUUUUUGGAGUUUAAAGUAUAAAAAAAGACAAGCUUUGGUACAC